UAAUCGGCCAUUUCAUCGGUGCAGGCCAUCAGCCCUAGACGGCAGUGCGGGUUUCGUGUGUUCUGGUUACUUGAAAGGCACAUUAACAACAACUCGCGAUGAGUGAACAAGCGAUUUCGUUCGCCAAGGACUUUUUGGCUGGUGGUAUCUCCGCCGCCAUCUCCAAAACAGCCGUCGCUCCUAUCGAAAGAGUGAAACUUCUCCUUCAGGUCCAACAUGCGAGCAAGCAGAUGACCGCAGAUAAGCAUUACAAGGGCAUCAUCGAUUGUGUUGUCCGUAUCCCCAAAGAGCAGGGUGUCCUAUCUUUCUGGAGAGGUAACCUUGCCAAUGUCAUCAGAUAUUUCCCCACCCAGGCCCUCAACUUUGCCUUCAAGGACAAGUACAAGAAGAUCUUCCUUGAUGGAGUUGACAAGCGCACCCAGUUCUGGAGGUACUUUGCUGGUAACUUGGCAUCCGGCGGUGCAGCAGGAGCCACCUCUCUGUGUUUCGUGUAUCCUCUCGACUUUGCCCGAACACGUCUUGCAGCUGAUGUUGGAAAGGCAGGACCUGACAGAGAGUUUAAGGGUCUGGGUGACUGCCUGGUGAAGAUCUUCAGGUCUGAUGGUCUGCGGGGUUUGUACCAGGGCUUCAAUGUUUCUGUGCAGGGCAUCAUCAUCUACAGGGCUGCAUACUUUGGCAUGUAUGACACAGCUAAGGGAAUGCUUCCAGAUCCCAAGAACACCCACAUAUUGAUUAGCUGGAUGAUUGCACAGACUGUAACAGCUAUUGCUGGCCUGACUUCAUACCCCUUUGACACUGUCCGUCGACGUAUGAUGAUGCAGUCCGGACGCAAACAGGCCGACAUCAUGUACAGCGGGACCAUUGACUGCUGGCGCAAAAUUUUACGCGACGAGGGUGGAAAGGCUUUCUUCAAAGGUGCCUGGUCCAACGUGCUCAGAGGCAUGGGAGGUGCUUUUGUGCUGGUGCUGUAUGAUGAGAUGAAGAAAUUCAUCUAAUUCCGCCUGUUGUCACGUCACUGUCCGAUUAGGCUUAUUGUAUUAACUUUCCGUUUUUUUUGUUUUUUUUAUUGACUGUGCAUUCUGCCUUAUUUAUGGGAACAAAACUACAGGACCAGUCGCUCUGUCACCUAGCUGAAGUUUGGAUAGUGUUUGGCUAAACAGACUUUUUGAGAGUUUAACCACCACACUGCUGUUAAUUUUGAUGUGAUGGCCUUGUCAGAACAAGGUUUAUCUUGACUGCUGUUAGACUGUAGUUAAGCCAGAUGAUACUUUAGUGUUCAACAACAAUCUUGACCAUGUUGUUUGACACUAACUGGUUAGCAACAGGGAUCUGAGACACAAUACAAAGAAAUGGAGUACUUAAAAACAUUCACUGAGGAAAUAUGAAAUGACAAUGUUUUGUGUUUUGUUUUGUUUUUUGCACUUUGAAAGGUUUUAACUGUAAGUUUGUGUUAUGAUCAGAGUUGUAGGAAUCUGAAUUUCAGCAGUAUGUAGACUUUAAGCUGCAGCUGGACCCCUUCUGAAAGUGUCCUCAUGGGUUUAAUUUCUAAUAAAUAGGGCAGUAGUUCAGAAUAAACCCCUGGUACAGUUUAACCCAUAGUUUCUGUCAACCAAGUGUUGUCUUAAGAUGCUGUGUAAGCAGCAUCUGAGGUUGAUGCUGUGUUCUCUAGAAAUCAUCUGAAAGCCACUAGAGGUCAGUUUCCCAUGGAUAAGGCUAAAAUGCAUGACAUGCUUGAAAAUUUGACUUCUGUAACUCUGAUCAUUUUUAAAUUCCUGUUUUAGUGGUGUGACAUAGCAAGGCAAUUGUUCAUUUUGUGAUAAAGGCAUGGAAUUUGGCACACAUUCUAAAUUAGCUGUUUAUUUGCAGAUAUGGAGCCAUCCUGGAGCUGAGCUCUGAGUUGCAGGGGUCAGUAAAUAAUUACACAGGGGUCAAAAUUUAAAAAUGCUCCAAUCAUGUUGAAAAUUAUACAUUUGUCUGAUCAUAACUAUUCUAAAAAGGUAUAGUUUGGACUGUCAGAUUGAAUGUUAUGUGGUAAAAAUUAUAAAGUUCAGUUUGUACAGGGGUGAAAAGUUAAAGUUGCUCCAAUUUUGAUAUAAAGUGAGUGGUUGAAAUAAAAAAAAUUAGUAAAUGGAAUGGUUUUGACUAUGUUGAAUGUUUGGUCUCCAAAGUAAAGGUAAAACAAGGUCAACAUAUAUUGGUUUCUAUGAUAUGUUACCUUGUAACAUAAGUAAGCAUGACAGAUGGUGCAAACUAUUCCUUUCUAAAAUGCUAUUAACCAAUAAUUUGCAUAAUUUUUUACCGAAAUUGGAGCAACUUUAACUUUAGAUCCGUGUACAAAGUGAAGCUGACCUUUGUCACCGUCUUUGCUGUUUUUACCCCAUAACUCCAUGAAAUUCAGUCAUAGAUGGUUCAGACUAUAUGUUUUUGGAAUUAUGAUCAGACAAAAAUGUGGUUUAGUUUAAUAUGAAUGGAGCUUUUUAAAAUUUUUACCCCUGUAGCUAAUUAGAGGUCAGCUCCAGGGUGGCUCCAUAUCUGAAAAUACACAAUUAAUUUAGAAUGUGUACCAAAUUCCAUGCUUUUAUCACAAUGUACAAUUUUAUGGAAAUUUUAGCUAAGCUGCACCACUGUUUUUCAGCAUUCCAAAGGUAGUGUUAUUGCACCUCUGAAUCAGAUUUGUCACUUUAUUGUAACUGUAUGCAUGCAGUCACCACUGUGUGAGAUCCAUCAGAUGUGGUUGUCUGUAACAUCUGCUUUAGCUACACAUGGACUAAACCUGUGCUCCUCUGAACACUCAUCACUGGUUAAAACAGACUUGUGUCGUUUAAACUCCGGGUAGAAAUUUUAGCUUUGCUAUACGACAGGGCGACUGCUCCAUCGGGUAUGAGAUCAUGUGAAAAGACAGAUUUGAAGCAGUCUCAAAAUCGAAACCACAGCUUUGUAAGCGGCACGUCACCAGCCCUGUAGUGUCAGGAUGUAGUGCUGGGCGGUGGCUGCAUGUUGUGCAUAAUUUUUUUUUUUCCUGUUUUUUAAAACGUUCCACAUCCUCUUCACGAAUGUCAUUCCUGUUAAGAGAAACCUGAUACCUCUUUUUCAUCCACUAGGUUUGUAUGGUUCCAAGUUGAAUAAACUUAUCCUGGGGAACAAAUG